AUGCUCCUACCUACUCCUUUAGACGAACGACAAAGCCCUUUGCGGUCGCCAGUUCGACGGAAGCGACUGCGAAAACGGGUGCGUCGUCGAUUGCGCCGUCGAUCUCGACGCUCUUGGCAGGCGUCGCAUGCCUCGUGGCCACCUCAUGCUUCGGCCGACUACAUCGUGGAUCAUGCUCGGCAAGACAUUGCAGGCAUCAAUGCUGCUCGCUUAGUGCAGCGUCUAGGCGUGAAUACCCAGGCCCUUUCUCGAGCAAGCUCAAUGCCUCUACCACCACUGAAAUUGACUCUGCAAGAAAGAGUUGCCGACACAACCUCAACCAGACGGCGACCGCUUUAUCACCAGCCAGCUUGGAUCUCGCCAGAGCUGCACACCUGGCUUGUCACGUCGGGGUUAUUUGCGACCAAGCCACGCCACGAGUUGCUUUCCACUGACCUCUAA